AUGUCAAAUCUACCAUAUGCUGCGGACGCUGAGAGCCCGCUCAAACCUGCCGAACUACAAGUCCUUCGAGCGCAAUACGAGAAGGAAGGAGACUAUGUCGGAGUACAAACGAAAUUCAACUACGCCUGGGGCUUGAUCAAGUCCAAUCAACGACCAGAACAGCAAUUGGGAGUACAACUUCUCUCGGACAUUUUCAAGACCACACCUGAACGAAGAAGGGAAUGUCUAUACUAUCUGGCGCUGGGCAAUUACAAGCUCGGGAACUAUGCAGAGGCAAGAAGAUACAACGAUUUACUCGUGGAGAAAGAGCCUGGUAACCUGCAAGCAAGCAGUCUCCGGCAAUUGAUUGAUGACAAGGUGUCGAGAGAAGGAUUGAUGGGUGUUGCCAUUAUCGGCGGCGCGGCGGUGGUUGCAGGCAUUGUUGGUGGUAUCAUCAUGAGAGGUUCACGGAGAAGAUGA